UGUUUAUGUAAGUUCAAACACUUUGUUAUACAACUACGGGUGCUGGAACGAAGAAAGCAAAGAAGUUUUACUUUUAACGCUAUCAAAAAUCGCAAGACAAGUUUCGUUAAGUUUGCAUAAAGGCAAAGCCUUGUUAAAUUACCCCCAUUCCACUUUAAAGUGAGUAAUGAGGAGCGACAAAACUAUUUCCCAAAAUAUUUGCUUACAGCCAGAAGACAACCAUGGAUACAUGCGACGGAAGGAGGGGAACGACCAAAAAUGUGCGACCCUGCAGGAGAAUUGUACAGAAUGCUAGGAUGAAACGGGAACUGGGUAAAGUUUUAAGGUCGUUGACUGGUGGGAGCACGGAGGUCACCGAAGUCCCCAUGGAAGAGGAAUGUUACCGUGUGGAGUAUUUCAAAAACGAGAAAUGGGAACAGAAGGUAAUGGCACCUCGCUACAGUUUGCUGCGAGAGGUCGGACGGGGCAGCUAUGGCGUGGUGUACGAGGCAAUUGCACGGAGGACUGGGGCAACCGUGGCAGUAAAAAAGCUUCGCUGCGACGCUCCGGAAAAUGUCGAGCUUGCUCUUGCUGAGUUCUGGGCCCUUGCAAGCCUGGAGAAGCGACACGAGAAUGUGGUUCAGCUGGAAGAAUGCGUCUUGCAAAGGAACGGAAUGGCCCAGAAAAUGAGCCACGGCAACAAACGAUCCAGGCAAUAUUUGCGGCUGGUUGAGACGUCGCUGAAAGGCGAGCGGAUUCUGGGCUGUCCCGAGGAGCCAUGCUACCUGUGGUUCGUGAUGGAGUUCUGCGAGGGCGGUGACCUCAACCAGUUCAUCCUGUCUCGCCGGCCCGACCCGCGGACCAACCAGAGCUUCAUGCUGCAGCUGACCAGCGCCGUGGCCUUCCUGCACAAGAACAACAUUGUGCACCGCGACCUCAAGCCAGACAACAUCCUCAUCUCGCAGAAGUCUGGCGCGCCCGUGCUCAAGGUGGCCGACUUCGGCCUCAGCAAGGUCUGCGCCGGGCUGGGCGCCCCCGGCAACGACAAGAACGUCAACGUCAACAAGUACUGGCUGUCGUCGGCCUGCGGCUCGGACUUCUACAUGGCCCCCGAGGUGUGGGAGGGCCACUACACGGCCAAGGCCGACAUCUUCGCCCUGGGCAUCAUCAUUUGGGCCAUGCUGGAGCGCAUCACGUUCAUCGACGCCGAGUCCCAGCGGGAGCUGCUGGGCUCGUACGUGCGGCAGGGCUCCCACAUCGUGCCGGUGGGCGAGGCCCUGCUGGAGAACCCGCGCAUGGUGCUGCACAUCCCCCAGAAGAGGCGCAGCGCCAUGUCCGACGGCGUCCGCAGGCUCCUGCAGGACAUGCUGGCCGUGAACCCCCAGGACCGGCCCGACGCCUUCCAGCUGGAGGUGCGGGUGGACCAGGUGACCUGCGCCGCCUGACCUCCGCCGCCGUCAGAGAGAUCGUUUACUUCAUCCAGGGAUCCCAGGUCUUCAGCGAAAAAGAAAAAAAAGGAGAAAAAAAAAAAAGGGACUCUGAACUGUGAAUUUUCACCUCCAUGGAUAAUGUGAAGAGAAACAAAGACAAACUAAAGGCGCAGAGGCCAGUUUACUUCAGGCAUUAGCAGAUCAGGACUAACGGGGACGCUAUGCAAACGUCAGUUUUCCUUACUGUUUCACACACUUAGUGCAGUUUGAGUUUGGCUCGUGCCCAGCUUCCGGACGGCCUACGGAUCUUUGUGUUUGUCAUUCAGAGAGACUACCUUAUCUGUGAAAAAGAAACAAAAAAAAAAACAAAAAAAAAAAAAACUAAAAGGUUUCUUGUUUUUUGUGUAAUUGUUUUGUUAUGCUAUGUCAAGAGAAUUGUGAAGCGGUUUCUAUCAGGAUGGAAUGUUGGGAAAAUGUGAGAUGUUUUGGUAUAGUGAGAUGGGCAAGUGUAUCCAAGAUGGUCUGGCCAGAACCUACUCAACCACAAAGUGGCCCAGAACCUGGUCCCUUCUAGAGCUUUCUGAGAUGAUCAUAAGUGUUAUUGAGCCAAAGGCUGAUGAUGAUGAUGAUGAUGAUGAUGAUGAUGAUGAAGAUGCAAUGCCACCGUCACCAACCCUCGUGGAUACACAGUCCCUCAUCUCAAUGUUCCCUCUUCAAAAACACCCAAUAUAUUAUUAUUGUUAUUAAAAUAACAAUAAUAGUGACAGACUAUUUGACCUCUGUGCCUUAAUUAUUUUUUAUGGGUUUUGAAAGUCAGUUGAAGACUGAGUUUUAUUUCCUAACUGUGACACUUUCUUUUACAUGCAUUACAUUUUACCCCCCUUCAUUUUGUGUGUAAAGAACAUUUUAUUGCCAUAUUUUAGUGCCAGUUUUUCUUUGAUUGAAGAUUGAGAUUAUUUUUUAGAGAUUUUUGAAUUUGAGAUUAUUAAAACGAGGUUGAUACAUAAUGUUGAAUAUCCUCAGAAUGAUAAGAAAUGUAAACCAAAUAUUAUUUUAUAUUAUCCAUUUGGCUGACUACUGCCAAAUCUGUCACAGAUAUCAAAAUAUGGCAAAGGGAUCAAAGGGAAUAUAUAGCCCUAUUACAAAGAACCUUUAAGGGAUUUUCUCAACUCCAGUAUUGUGGCUUCCUAAUUGGCUACCUUUCGGGGGGAAAAUGAAGUCUUACAUGUAUACAUAAUGUAGCUAACUUAUCAACAUGGUUUGUCACACAGAUGUAUGUCAUGUUUCUUAAUGGAAUGAGUAAUGUAAUAUUUAGGCUAUGUUAAGCAUAUGUAUUGGUAUCGAUGUAAGUUCUGUUGUGUAGAAAGCCAGGAUGCUCCGAAAUCUCUUAAAUGUAUGGUAACUGGAGGGAAGGGGGGAACUGAAAGGUGCUGAUGGUUUUAACCCCUUCACCCCUCUUUGGUCCACAUCACACAAUUUGAUUGGUUGGUUUUUUUCAGAUAUGCAUAAUACCGGGUGUAUAUAACACUACAGUCUUGGAUCGUCCUGAGACCUCUUGUGUUUUAAUAUAUCUCUGUUCUUGUCUUCGAUGACGUGUAAUUUUGAUACUUUUUCCCCCCUCUUUUUUGGAGGGGGGAGGGGGAGGGGGCACCUUAAAUGUGUUGGUGAAUCGAUGUAGCCUGUUCUAGUUUUUGCCUACAAACAUCUGGCAUUUUAUGAUAUGAUUCCAAAAAAAAAAAAAAGGAAAGCAUCGAGUCAACUCAUCUAGUCCUGUUGUGUGAGAUUCUUUGAAGGCGGUUCAUCACUUCCUUUUUUUCCAUAUUGCUUGUGUUGUCGAGCCCUUUAGUCAAAACAAAUACAAUUUUGGUUUGUGUUGAUCACACCCUUAUUUAGUUACAAGCGUGCUCUUGAAGCGUGUCCUUGAAGGAGAGUUGAACAUUCUUAGCUGUUCUCUUGAAAACCAGUUGUAGUCAACUUCACACAUUUGAAAAAGGCAUUGGAUUGGACCUUGGUUUAUCAAAGUACUUCGCCUACACGAUCAAAGCCUAAAACAGUCCUGAACAUGCAUUCUUUUACCCAGCCUUGUGCAUGCUACAUUCAUCAGAUGAAUUUGUCUUUGGCAACAUGCAACAAUAUAAAGAAGUUCAUUCUUCUGCUAGGUAUCUGACCUGAAAAUAUUGAGUAAAUAACAAUGGCGAGUUAAGUUUCCAAACUCAGUUGCUUUACAGUACUAGCGGAUUUUGUAACAUUUCAUUGGCUGGAAGUCCGGAGGGCGUCUCUCCUGACUAGCAGGUCUCCGUUUUUUAGACUGCUUCCACAAAGGUCAAAAGGUCUUUUGAAAGAUUUUGUUUGUUGAUUGAUGCCCAGUUCUUCAUAGUAUUGAAGUUGAUGCGCUUUUAUUUUUUUUUCCCCAUUUUAACGUUCAGUUUGCAAUUCUUCAACUUAGCACUUGAUUCUGUUAAUUCACUGCCUGGUUCUACCUCAUACUGCAGCACUCCACAGUAGGGUCUGGUAGCGUGUACGAUUCGGGUUUGGGCUCCAUUUGAUGGAGAGAAACUUUGGGCUCCGCGGUCGCAUAGCCAGCCAGGGCAAGCUAGAGCUGGGGUGGAGGUAAACGGGACCUUUUUCGGGAUUUUUCCGAUGUCAGUGGGACUGUGAAAAUAAAUCUGUGUUACACAAACAAACUGACCUCACAAAUCGGUUAGUUUCCUAAUUUGUUCAGAACAUUGUAGCUAUAGCUUUGCCGCUAACAUUUUUAGCUUCCGCCUUUUAUUAUUAUUUUAAUAGCCUCAUGCUAAUUAACACUUACUGUCAUACCUCUACACACCAUUGUGAUUUUUUUUUUCUUCUUGCUUUUCCAAGCAGCCUGUAAUUUUAAUGCUACAAUUGCAAGAUAAAGGGACCAGUGUUGAACUAAAAGUGGGUUUUGAGGUGACAUUUUUGUUAAUAUAAUUGUUGAAAUUCUUCUUUUGUUCAUUAACCUGUUGGGGAAGGGCUGCACAAGAGGACUCGGUGGUGCUCUCGGGUCAGCUCAAUCGGUUGGCUGCCCGGGGGAGGUAAACCCACACUCUUUAAUCCCCCGGCAUUCAUACCAAUAAUCAUUUUCAUAAUUAUUAAUUUAUUUCUCUGGAAAGACAUUUUCAGGGUGUUGUGUAGCAGCGGUGGGGUUUUGCCCUCAGGUUGCAGAGGGGCCGAGUCUCGCCGCGGGUUUGCCUCCGUAAUGGGCCGUUCAGGAGCAGCGGUGCAUUGUGGGAUUUGCCCGCGUUCGUGUCCUCCCGUAGCUUGUCUGAUGGUCCCCGCAGUAUUCUAGGCGAGCUUCCCGUCUCCACUUCAUAAUGCGCUCCUGUGCAGUCCUCUCUCUCUCUCUCUCUCUCUCUCUCUCUCUCUCUCUCUCUCUCUCUCUCUCUCUCUCUCUCUCUCUCUCUCUCUCUCUCUCUCUCUCUCUCUCUCUCUCUCUCUCUCUCUCUCUCCCUCUCUCCCUCUCUCCCUCUCUCUCUCUCUCUCAAUGCUGUGCAACUAGCCAGUCUACUUUUCAUUUUAUCAGUUAUUUUCUGUCGCAGCGAUGGCAGGAAUAUCACUUCUUACAGUUUCUUUGGGUUUUGCUCUUUUUUAAUGUAAUAAAAACUAUUUUUGGCUGUAAUGCUAUCCGGAGCCUUUUAGACAUUUUAGUGAAUGAAACAUUUUACUUGUUGUAAAUAAGUUGGACAUUUUUCUUUGUUUCUUGGAAUAAAUGAACAGAAACGUUAAAAAA